AGCUCUUUCCUGAUUGAAGAAAUAAGCUGUUGCUGCCCUUUGUUGCAACCGUCCCCAUUCUCGCUUACAAAUACUAGGCUAAGCCACAUGACAUUGAGUAGGAAAGGUGGUAGAAAGCUUAGGUGAACGUUCUUGAAAAACCGAAAGUAGACUUUCAUGCGAACACAUAGACAGUAAAAGAUAACACAUGCGUAGAAAAAUGAAAGUGAAAGAUAAGUAGCCUAGGCUGUGCUGUUGUCCCGUAGCAGGCUUGUCAGUUUUCCAGUUACGAAUAGCUAAAACGAAUAGCUUUUCUGAUCUGACACCCUAUAGAGGCUACUGUUAAGAAUAGCCCUAUUAACUAACUUGCCAAUUCAGCCUCGUUUUGUCAAGAAAUAAAACACAAGAUGGACAUCGAUGAAGUGCUUUAUUCCCGUCAACUACCCGUUCUAGGUCAUGAUGCGAUGCGCCGCAUGGGCGAAACAAACGUUCUUAUUUCGGGGAUGCGUGGGCUUGGUGUAGAAAUAGCCAAGAAUGUCAUCCUGGCCGGUGUGCGGUCAGUCACUGUUCAAGAUGGGGGAGUGGUGCAGUGGUAUGAUUUGUCUUCUCAGUUUUAUUUGAAGGAAGAUGACCUGGGUCAGAACAGGGCCCUGAGCUGUCUCACCAGCUUAUCUCACCUCAAUGAUCAUGUGGCAGUGGACAGCCACAGUGGACCACUUGAUGAAAGCCUUCUCAGUAGAUUCCAGGUUGUGGUGCUCACAAAUUCGUCACUGGAUGAACAGAAACACAUUGGAGAAUUUUGCCACUCCAAGAACAUUAAGUUUAUCGUUGCUGAGACUAGAGGACUGUGUGGACAGUUGUUCUGUGAUUUUGGAGAAGAGUUCAGAGUCAUAGACAGUGAUGGGGAGACCCCACUCACAGCACUGAUUGACUCCAUCACAAAGGGGAACCCUGGCAAAGUCACCUGCGCAGAGGAGCAUAAAUGUCAUGAUGUCACGCAUGUCACCUUCUCGGGAGUGCAGGGUAUGGAGGAGCUCAACAGCUGUGGACCUGUUGAAGUUCAGGUGCUAGAUAAUUACUCAUUCAGCAUUUGCGACACCUCAAGUUUCUCAGACUAUGAGAAAGGUGGAGUGGCGACAGAAGUUAAGAAGUCAGAGACUCUAACAUUCAAAUCCCUGCCUAAGGCUCUGGAUGAAGCCCUGAGGGACCCAGAGAUUAUGGUGCCGACUGACUACGGAAAGGUGGAGAGCCAUAAGACCCUGCACAUUGCCUUCCAGGCUCUACAUGACUUUGUGAAAGGCACAGGGAAUUUACCAAAGCCCAGGUCAAAGGUGGAUGCUGAUAGGCUGCUGACCUUGGCAAGAAAACAGAGCGAGGCAUCCCAACUGGAGAAGCUGGAUGAAGGCGUGGUGAGGAAGCUGGCCAUGUGUGCUCGCGGUGACCUUGCCCCUGUCAAUGCUUUCAUUGGAGGACUGGCGGCCCAAGAGGUCAUAAAGGCCUGCAGUGGGAAAUUCACUCCCUUGCAUCAGUGGCUGUAUUUUGACGCUCUGGAGAGCCUGCCCGGGGAGAGUGAGGAGGAGGAAGAUGAGGAAGAGGCCCUAACGGAAGACAUGUGCGCCCCAAAAGGGUGUCGUUAUGAUGGACAGAUUGCUGUGUUUGGGUCAGCCUUUCAGGAGAAGCUGGCCAGACAGAAAUAUUUUUUGGUUGGUGCUGGUGCCAUUGGCUGUGAGCUGUUAAAGAAUUUUGCCUUGAUUGGCUUGGGAGCUGGAGAAGGUGGGAACAUCACUGUGACUGACAUGGACUCCAUUGAACGAUCAAAUCUGAAUCGACAAUUUUUGUUUAGGUCACAGGACAUUGGGAGGCAGAAAGCUGAGGUGGCAACACGGGCGGCGCGGGAGAUGAACCCGGCACUGAAUGUCACGGCUCACCAGAACCGUCUGGGCCCAGAAAGCGAGGGCGUUUAUGGGUUCAGCUUCUUCAGGGGCCUGGAUGGUGUAGCCGCAGCCCUGGAUAAUGUUGAUGCCAGAGUCUACCUGGAUAAGCUCUGUGUGCAGCACCUGAAGCCCAUGCUGGAAGGAGGCACCCUGGGGACCAAGGGCUCCACAGUGGUGGUGGUUCCCCGCCUCACUGAGUCCUACGGCCCUGCCAACCCAGGCACGGCCACUGCCAUCCCCCUUUGCACCCUAAAGAACUUCCCCCAGCGCAUAGAGCAUACUCUGCAGUGGGCCAGAGACCAGUUUGAGGGCAUUUUCAAGCACACUGCAGAGAAUGUGAACCAGUACCUGAGCGAUGACAGCUUCUGGUCACGCUUGGAGCAGCGCGGUGAGGCGGAAGCCCUGGAGGUGCUGGAGGCCGUCAGCGGCAGCCUGGGUGACCUCCGACCCCAGAGCUGGGAGGACUGUGUCCGCUGGGCCCGACUGAGCUGGGAGACCCUCUACAACCACGACAUCAGGCAGCUUCUCCACUGCUUCCCUCCCAAUGCGCUGACCAGCUCGGGGCUGCCAUUCUGGACGGGUGCUAAGAGAUGUCCUCAUCCCCUGACCUUCGACCCUGAGUGUACCACCCAUAUGGAUUUCGUGGUGGCCGCCGCCAACCUCUACGGCCAGACCUACGGCAUCAAAGGCAGCCGCGACCGCGCGGCCAUCAGGGUCACGCUGGGAAAGGUCCGCGUGCCGGAGUUUGCCCCCAAGUCCUCGGUGAAGAUCCACGUGAGCGAUGAGGAGAUGGAGGGAGACAAGGGGAAGGACGUGGACACAGCCCGACUGGAGGCUCUGAAGGCCGAGCUGACCCCCUCCCGGCCCGACCGCCAGGCGAUGAAGAUGUACCCGCUGGAGUUUGAGAAGGAUGACGACAGUAACUUCCAUAUGGACUACAUUGUCGCAGCCUCCAACUUGCGAGCAGAGAACUACGACAUCCCAACAGCAGAUCGGCUGAAGAGCAAGCUCAUCGCAGGCCGCAUCAUCCCGGCCAUCGCCACGACGACGGCGGCCGUGGCAGGCCUGAUGUGUCUGGAGCUGUACAAACUAGUGCAGGGACAUCGGCGGCUCCAGUCCUUCUGCGUCGCCUACAUCAACCUGGCCGUUCAGAUGUGCGUGAUGUCCACACCCAGCAAGCCCCGGUCAUUCACGGUGGCGGGGAGGGAGUACUCCCUGUGGGACAGCUUCCUGGUCGAGGGCAGGCCGGACGGCCAGCAGGAAAUGACCUUGGGGGGACUGCUAGAGCACAUCAAGCAAACUCAUAACCUGGAGGUGUGUAGUCUUUUCUAUGGGUCGGCCAUGUUGUACAACGCUGGAUCGGGUCAUGAGCACAGACUACAACAGAGGGUGACUGAAGUGGUGAGCAGUGUGAAAAAGGAAGAGAUCCCUCCACAUGUGGAGGUGCUGGAGAUGGUGCCCUCGUUUGUAGAGGACGAAGACUGUGAACAGAUUCCCCCCAUAAAAUAUGUUCUCGUAUCACCCUGACAAGAAUAGGGUCAUCUUUUAUUAUCCAUCUCUUCAGUUCAUUCAUGUGCCUAUUUGUUGUGAUCUUCAGGCCAGAUUAGUCAGUUGUUAGUUAGUAGUAGUUAGAUUAGUUAGUAGUUAUUUAAAUUAAAGAUAAGAAAUAUAAAUGAAAAUAGGGUCAGUGACGUUUAUCCUUUCCAAAAUUCUGUAUGUAAAAUUGUUAAAUGAUGUGUAGACUGCACAUCUGAGAUGUGGCACCCACUACAUCUCAGAACAAACAUUCUAACCUAGUCUGAUUAAAAAAGAGCAAUUUUGGUGUCAUUUUACAUGACAUAGCGUAGCACAUACACACAAACACACACACACACACACACACACACACACACACACACACACACACACACACACACACAGUCAUACACAGAGUGUACUACACAGUAGUUUUGUAAAGAACAUCAAACUGAUGGCUUGGUGAUAUUCCUGCUUUUGCAUCCCGCUAAUAUCUCAUCAGUGAGGAAUAAGGAAACAAGCACAUAUCCACAAAUGGCCAAGCAUCAGUCAUUCUUCUCUUUCACAGUAGUCUGGCCCCUUCAGAGCACCAACGUGUUUUCCCAACAGUAAUCUAACAUAAUUGGCUCUUGCUUUUUUGUUAGCAUGAUUGCACACAUUUAGUAUAAGUUACAGUGCUAAUCAUAGCUGUGACUGACUUUUCUGUAGCGACCUGUGAUCUUAAAACAGGCAACUUAUAUAGCUUAUGAGAUUUAAAUACUGACGCAAAACAGUAAUGUUGGAAAUUUUGCCUAUGUGUAUGAAGACUAGAUGAAAAUCCACCUCUAAGGACAAAGAUGUCUGCACGAUAUGAACUCCAUACGUCACAUUAGUACACAUGCAUGUGCUGUAUGUGGUCAUGUUCUCUAGGUUUAACUUGGCUUAUUUUCUUAGUGUAGGCGGUUUGUUUUUAGGGUGUGAGCUUUCCUCAGACACAAACAGAAUUCCCCCACAUGACGUGGUGACCCGGCUUUUUAUCAUUGUGUGGUGUAGACAACUCCACUCCAGUGUCUCCUACUCCAGUCUUAACUCUUUUCAGCAGGCCUAGACAAACACUGUCAACCUCCAGUCAAGCCCAUUCGGAUUCAGGAGCCGCUUAAAAGUGCGGAAUGAAUUAAGUAUCUAACUGUGAACAAGUCGAGGAGACUGUCCUGAAGCUAUCAUUAGGGGACUCUUGUCUUUCUUCUAUUAAGCAUUAUGGGAAGACCAACCGUUGUUUUAAUAGACAUCCAUUCUCUCCACUAACUUUUAACUGUUUGAAUUGUUGUCACUGAGAAUUUCUAGGAGAGUCUAGUGAUGAUAUAUGUGAAAUGAGUACAAUCUUCCAUAAGGCUCUUAACACAUUCCAGCAUUAAUUGAAUGUAAUAUGUUACUUACGUAACAUGUCCACUUAAAACUGAUUUUCACUCAAUAAAUUGAAGUUUCUUUGCGAUCAAA